AAAGUAAUUGAAAGCUCUUUGGCAAAACGUUUUUCCAUACCAUACGAAAUGCGUCUCUUCGUGGUGUUAAUUAUUGGUGUACUCUGUUCACUACAAUUGUCUGGUUUAUCGGAGGCAAAACCAUGGUUAAAAGAAUUGCUUGAAUUGAAAAAGGCUCUCCUUUCAAAAGCAAUUGAGUAUAUGCCACAGUCACGAGCACCAACACUAAAGAAAGAACUACAAGACUAUAAAUUAUUAUGCAUUGAUGAAGUUAAUGAAUACACCUUGAUAAACAUGCCUGAAACGCAUGAUCAGAGUGUGAGACCAGAAACGCCACAGGACGGAACAAACUUUAAUAACAUUCUUCAAGCCCUACGAGAUGUUUCUAAAAAAGAAGAAAAUAUGGCGCAAAAGAAACUGAUAGAACAAAUUAUGAUACUGGUUCAAAAUUCAAUAAACAAAAAAUCCGAGCGAGAUAGUCACAAUUUUCCCAGUGAAUCUGCGUUGGUGGCUAUCAAGGAACUUUUUGUUAAAGACCGCAAUUAUCAGAAUGAACGAUCUAAACAAAAAGUGCCAAAUUAUGCAGAAAUUUUAAAAAUUCUUCUUGGAGAAAAACGUGUUCCAGAUUCCGGAAAAUUAGAUUUAACGGUCACCCAAGAAAGCAUAGUUGAAGAGACUCAUCAAUCUAAAUCGCACAUCGAAGAAGCGCUUGGAUUUGUUGUCGAUAAAGUAUUGCCAUCGACACAAGGUGGUUCGUUUAAUUUUACCAUUGAAUUGGAACAACCCGAUUCUGAAACCACUCUAGAUCUGCAUGAAUUCAAGGAAUUGUCUAACAAACAAGCUGAUAAUGAUGCAGUAAAGCCUAGAUCCUGGUCAGUUGAUGCGACAGGAAAAGCGAGCAUUUGGGGCGGAGCACAAGUUGGCUUUGGAAAACUUGGCCUUGGAGUGUUGGGAUGGCGAUCUCCGCGUGAUCCUUAUUCAAGAACUGAAAAGCAGAGCCGCAUAAUUAAGGCUGAAUUGAAUCGUCUUAUAAAACUUUGCGUGCAAAGGAAAGUACUACAAGCUAAGGCGACAAAAAAAUUAUUAGCCAUUUCAAAUCGUAAAAGUUAAUAAUAUACAUAUUUAAAUGCUUAUGUAUGUAUAUAAAUAUAUAUAUUAUUUACCAUUAUAUAAAAUAAAGUGAUGCGUUUGAAAAUGUUA